GAGGAAACUGGAGUGCUAAGUGGGGAAAAGGCUUUGGAGCUCCCGCCCGCAAGGGACGCGGAGUGCUCAGCGCGCUGACGCCACGGUCACGGGCACCGUCACCGGCGCCACCACGGCUGACUACGUCCUCUCUGAGGACCUCGGUUCUGGAUCGCUGGGCCUGGUAGGGCGCACGCGGAAGGGGUAGGGGCAAAACCAAGGAAAGAGACCAGAGGAAACGAGAUCGCAAGGGGAGAAAUUUGGGUCUCGCCUUUGACAGCACUCACCACUCUGUCCAUCAGCAAGGCUCCAGUUCAUCCGUCACUUCAGCCCCAUGCUUUCUCCCUUGGCAAACUGAGCGUGGCCUAGUGGUGAGGAGCCCAUCCCUGGGUUCAAAUCCCAGUUCCCCUACUUGCUUAUUGCACUUCGGGCAGGAGAAUUACUUCUCUGAGCCUCAGUUCCCUCCCCUGUAAGAGACCUAUAAUCGUAUCUGCUCCCCAGUGUUGCUGUGUGAAUUCAUGAGCCCUUGCAUGUGAAGGGCCAAGCUCAGGGCUUGGCUGUCAGAGCACCCGGUGAACAGAAGUGGUAUUAGCUGGCACAAUGAUGGUAUUGGUCACUGAGCAUGCUGGGUGCCAGGGGACAGCUCAGAUGCUCCUUCUCACGCUGCGGGGUACCUGAGCCCUUGCCCUGGCAUGUGGAGUAGCUGGGUGUGAGCCCUCAGACCCUUGCCCAGAGCAGGGGAAACGGCAAGGGCUGAGCUUGUUCUCUGCUGGGGGCUUCCGGAUGGGCUUUGGGGAUAGGGCCCAGGGGGCCCCGUCGGGGCUCAGCCCCAGCCUCUUCUUCCUCUCCUCUCCUCUCCUCCUCCAGACUGUGGUACAGACCUCCAUGAGCCGGUCCCAGGUAGCCCUGCUGGGCCUGGGCCUGCUGCUCAUGCUGCUACUGUAUGUGGGGCUGCCAGGCCCCCCUGAGCAGACCUCCUGGCUCUGGGGAGACCCCAAUGUCACAAUCCUGGCUGGUCUCACCCCUGGCAACUCCCCCAUCUUUUACCGCGAGGUGCUCCCACUACACCGGGCACGAAGGGUGCAGGUGGUGCUGCUCCAUGGAAGAGCCUUUAACUCCCACACGUGGGAGCAGCUGGGCACACUACAGCUGCUGGCACAGAGGGGCUACCGGGCCGUGGCCCUUGACCUCCCAGGUUUUGGGAACUCAGCACCCUCAAAGGAGGCAAGCACAGAGGCAGGGCGGGCGGAGCUGCUGGAGCGCGUGCUGCGGGACCUGGAGGUGCAGAAUGCCGUGUUGGUGAGCCCCUCGCUGAGCGGCCGCUAUGCCCUGCCCUUCCUGAUGCAAGGCCACCACCAGCUGCACGGAUUUGUGCCUAUCGCACCUGCCUCCACCCAGAACUACACCCAGGAGCAAUUCUGGGCCGUGAAGACCCCAACUCUCAUCCUGUACGGGGAACUGGACCGCGUCCUGGCUCGGGAGUCCCUGAGGCAGCUCCGUCACCUGCCCAACCACUCCGUGGUGAAGCUGCAGGACGCAGGCCAUGCCUGCUACCUCCACAAGCCGAAAGACUUCCACCUUGUCCUCCUUGCCUUCCUUGACCACCUGCCUUGAGCUCACCGCUGCCCAGGCCCCAGGCCUGUCCUGAGCUUGGAGUCUGGACCGGUCCCCCACCAGGGAGGCAGCCCCUGGGAUGAGAGGGCAGAGGCCACAGGGCCAGGUCCAGUCAGGACCUCUCAUUUCAUCUCACAGGCACAAUAAAUAAAAGUAUUUUUGUCGUGCCUGGGGA